AUGAAGAAAUCUUUUAAUAAGACAACCAAGGAUUCCAGCUCUCCAAACUCAAGCAAUCUCUCAGAACCCUAUAUGUCUACAAAGGAGAUAGUAAACAUAAACACAAAACCUUUCUCAUGUUCUGAAUGCGGAAAAUGUUUUCGCUGGCAGUCACACAUUGUUGUACAUCAGAGAACUCACACAGGAGAGAAACCUUUCUCAUGUGCUGAAUGUGGGAAAUGUUUUAGCGUGCACUCAGGUCUUGUUAAACAUCAGCGAACUCACACAGGAGAGAAACCUUUCUCAUGUGCUGAAUGUGGGAAAUGUUUUAGCGCGCACUCAGGUCUUGCUAAUCAUCAGAGAACUCACACAGGAGAAAAACCUUUCUCAUGUGCUGAAUGUGGGAAAUGUUUUAACAGGCAUGCUUACCUUGUUUUACACCAGAGAACACACACAGGAGAGAAACCUUUCUCAUGUUCUGAAUGUGGAAAAUGUUUUAGCCAUAACUCAACUCUAGAUAAGCAUCAGAGAACUCACACAGGAGAGAAACCUUUCUCAUGUUCUGAAUGUGGGAAAUGUUUUAGCUAUAACUCAGCUCUAGUUAAGCAUCAGAGAACUCACACAGGAGAGAAACCUUUCUCAUGUUCUGAAUGUGAGAAAUCUUUUAGCUGGCACUCAAAUCUUGUUUCACAUCAGAGAACUCACACAGGAGAGAAACCUUUCUCAUGUUCUGAAUGUGGAAAAUGUUUUCGCGGGCAAGCAAAUCUUGUUAAACAUCAGAGAACCCACACAGGAGAGAAACCUUUCUCAUGUUCUGAAUGUGGGAAAAGUUUUAACGGGCACUCAAAUCUUGUUACACAUCAGAGAACCCACACAGGAGAGAAACCUUUCUCAUGUUCUGAAUGUGGGAGAUGGUUUAGACAUAACGCAACUGUAGUUAAACAUCAGAGAACUCACACAAGAGAGAAACCUUUCUCAUGUGGUGAAUGUGGGAAAUGCUUUAACAAGCACUCAAAUCUUAAAGCACAUCAGAGAAUCCACACAGGUGAGAAACCUUUCUCAUGUACAGAAAGGAGAAAUAGUUUUGUCAGUAAACCAGAUUUUGUUAAACAUAACUGACACAGUAGAGUUUUUAUAAUAUAUUUAUGAAUUAACAUGGGAAUAAAACCUCUAAUACUGUGAAUUGUUCACA